AUGCAGAUCUUCGUCAAGACCCUUACGGGCAAGACCAUCACUCUUGAGGUCGAGUCCUCUGACACUAUCGACAAUGUUAAGGCCAAGAUCCAAGACAAGGAGGGAAUUCCUCCCGAUCAACAACGUUUGAUCUUCGCUGGAAAGCAACUUGAGGACGGACGUACUCUUUCAGAUUACAACAUCCAAAAGGAAUCUACCCUCCACUUGGUCCUCCGUCUCCGUGGUGGUAUCAUCGAGCCAUCUCUCAAGGCCCUUGCCUCCAAGUUCAACUGCGAAAAGAUGAUCUGCAGAAAGUGCUACGCCCGUCUCCCUCCCCGUGCUACCAACUGCAGAAAGAAGAAGUGCGGACACACCAACCAACUCCGCCCAAAGAAGAAGCUCAAGUAA